CCAUAGCAUAGAUUGCAAUUACAUACAAUAUUAUACUUGGUUGCUCGGCAUUUGUGCUGGUGUGUACAUUUUUUUCUCAGUUUCGUGUUCCGAUGUGGCGAAUGAGAACGUGUUAGUUUGUUUACGGAUGUUUCUUUGACGACGCGAUUUACUUUUAACUUUAAGCACGUGUUUAAGUAUUUUUUCAUUGUUUAUUUCGUAAGGUAAUUACGUUUUAUAUUGGUGUAAGUGUUGUGGUGAUUCUUCGACGGACUUUGUUUACUUCAGAUCGCGGAUAUUUCGUUUUGGACCGAUGAUGAGUAAUGGUUUUCGUCAGAAUCUCCAGUAAAAGGUUCGUGUUUUUCCCCUCGAUAUACUGGAAAUUUUCUCACGCAAGUUCGGAACUCGAGUUGGAAGGACGAGAUAAUGGAUUCAACGCCGUCGUCCAAAUGAUCCGACACGAUGGAAAAUUCGAGUCGAUAUCGUGAUUACUAUUAUCCUUACCAAUAAAAAUAGAGAAUCAACGCGACCUUUGGUCCGGUGGCGAUUGCCGCGCGUAAUAAAUUUAUACGGCGUUAUGGAGAUGAAACGAUGUCAUAGAUUCUGGUUAUCGUAAAGCUUUGACAUUGCUUCUGUAUCUAUUUCGGUCGUCGAAAGCGUUUAUUCCAUUGGAGGCGUUUUAUCGACCGCAGCGACAGAAAAUUUAGGAAAAUCGAGGAGAAAAACGAGAUUUCUCACGGCGCGAAUAAAAUUUGUAAUGUCGCGAUUUGACGGUGUCCAAUAAACACCAACGUAUACAUAUUUAAUGAUUUUAAUCGAACGUGCAUUAUUGACGUAUAUUGAUAUUGAUGAGCUUUUCGGUGAAUCCUGUAUUUCAUAAAAUGUACACGUACAUAUCGCGCAGAAGAGCCCUGCUGUUCAAAGGGGCUCUUCUCAUUGGUACGGUAUGGUUGACGGUGGCUGUGCUAAUUUUUAUGGAAAAUAAAGAAAACGCCGAUAUGAGGCAGCAGAUUCAUCCGGCUGUCUACGAUAACGAAGGUGAUCUGAGCGAGCAAGUGUUUACCUUUCCAUUCGAUGCGAAAGAAGCGAAAGAAUUAAGGAGCGGAGACGCCUUAGAGUCCAAGGAAGAAGAUCCCUUGGAGAUGGCUUUAUCGGGUGAAGAUAACGCCGUAUCGAUUCAAUACGACGACUUAUCUGUCCGCAAAGGCAUCAAAUUGUAUGGUGAAAUGGGCAAACCAGUCGUGCUUCCGGCCAAUAUUUCCAGCGACGUGAAAAAAUUAGUCAGCGAAGGGUGGCAAAAGAAUGCUUUCAACCAGUACGUCAGUGAUUUGAUAUCCGUUCAUAGGACUUUACCGGAUCCACGUGAUGAAUGGUGCAAAGAACCUGGUCGGUAUUUGAAAAAUUUACCUGCAACCUCCGUAAUUAUUUGUUUCCACAAUGAAGCUUGGUCAGUUUUACUGCGAACUGUGCAUUCCGUGAUUGAACGAUCUCCUGCGCAUCUUUUGAAAGAAAUUAUUCUAGUCGACGAUUAUUCUUCUAUGCCUCAUUUGAAAAGACAAUUAGAAGAUUACAUGGCUAUGUUUCCUAAAGUGAAAAUAAUCAGAGCUUCUAAACGAGAAGGUUUGAUAAGAGCUCGUCUUAUCGGAGCCAAACACGCCUCCGCUCCUGUACUCACAUAUCUGGAUUCCCAUUGCGAAUGCACCAUUGGAUGGCUAGAACCUUUGCUGGAUCGUAUAGCUCGCGAUUCUACUACAGUUGUAUGUCCGGUUAUCGACGUCAUAGAUGAUACAACAUUAGAAUUUCAUUGGAAAGAUUCUAGCGGUGUAAAUGUUGGUGGCUUUGAUUGGAAUUUACAGUUUAAUUGGCACUCGUUACCAGAAAGAGAAAGAAAACGACAUUCCAAUCCGGCGGAACCGGUACACAGUCCUACGAUGGCUGGCGGAUUGUUCAGCAUAGACAGGAAAUUUUUUGAAAGACUAGGAACCUACGAUAGCGGUUUUGAUAUUUGGGGUGGCGAAAAUUUAGAGCUUUCGUUUAAAACGUGGAUGUGUGGUGGAGUAUUAGAAAUAGUGCCAUGUUCCCAUGUCGGCCACAUAUUCCGAAAAAGAUCUCCUUAUAAAUGGCGUAGCGGUGUAAAUGUCUUGAAGAAGAACUCCAUUCGUUUGGCCAAAGUGUGGAUGGACGACUACGCUAAAUAUUAUUUCCAAAGGAUAGGCAGCGAUUUGGGUGACUAUGGAGAUAUCACGUCCAGAACUGAAUUAAGGAAGAAAUUAAAAUGCAAAUCGUUCAAGUGGUACUUGGAUAAUGUCUAUCCCGAAUUAUUCGUUCCUGGUGACUCCAUCGCUCAAGGAGAAGUGCGCAAUUUUGCAUUCAACGGUGUUUACUGUUUGGAUUCACCAACUCGUAAAGCGGAUACUCAUAAAGCAGUUGGUCUUUAUCCGUGCCAUAAAAUGGGUGGUAAUCAGUAUUGGCUGCUGAGUAAAAAUGGAGAAAUCCGAAGAGACGAAAUGUGUAUCGAUUACGCUGGCACUGACGUAUUUCUAUUCCCUUGUCACGGAUCGAGAGGAAAUCAAAUGUGGAUAUACAAACCUCAGGAAAAUGUAGUCCAGCACGGAAGCAGUAAAAAAUGCCUCGCCAUAUCCGAAGAUAAGAAAAAAUUAACGAUGGAACCUUGCAACGCUAACCUACCCAGACAACGCUGGAAAUUUGAAACUUAUAACGCGACCGCAUUCGAUCUUCUAUAAUCGGUGGAUAUUUCGAUAUUUUCGUCAUUAUACCUUCGUAUAUAUAAAAUGACUGCACGAGCAUGAGAAGAGAUAUGCCACUACGCGGUUUUAAUUUUCGCAAGAGACUGAUUUUGGCUACACAUGUAUUCCAUGUUUUCGGCCGAGCCGAACUUUUCAUUUUUAUUUUUUUUUCUCAUCUAGCAAAAUAUUCCUCAUGUUAGCCUAUUCAAUUUUCAUCUUACUAUCUACUUUUCCCCUCUUUGAUAUGAAUUUAUAUGUUUUUUUUUUUUUUUGUUAGCAUGUUUGUAAAUUAAUCGUUUUGAAAAUGAAAUUGCCAUACGAAUUACGAUAAACGCGUCGUUUCGUAAUAAAGAAAUAUUUAUUUUUAUGUAAGUCAGAAACGUGUUCUGAACAUGUUCCUCGGUUAUAUACUAAUUUAAUUGGUACAUUUUGCGCGUCCCUUUUUAUAAUAAUUUAUUUAUUAUUCUACGUGUAUGUCUGCGUAUUUGUAUGUGUAUUUUUGUUUUUUUUUCUACUUUGUGUCCAUUUUGAUUUUUAUAUAAUUAUUAUUAACGGUUUUUAGAACCGCGUCAAAUUAACGAGAGCAUUUAUACGAGUAUGUAAAUUUAUAUAUUUGAGCCGAGGAUGCGGUUUUUUCAUAUCUAUAAGACGUGUAGUAUUGUACGAUAUGUUUGUUUUAUAGAUUUCAAUACGGCGAAAUCGAUUUGCUUGAUGCCCUGGAUAUCGACUUAUUGAAAUUGCAAUUUCGUCUCGAAAAUACAGUUCGUCUAAAUUACCAAAAUGUAACGGCGAGAAAAUUCCUGUAAAUUUAUUCCUCGAAAGAUUUGAAGUGUUCAAAAAUCGAUGAAGCUGCGAAGUCCAAAAUUUAAAAAUUGAAUAUUGGCGAUCUUCAAGCAUCGAUGGGACUGAAAUUGUGUAUUAAAAAUAACGAAAUUUUAAGAUUAAUUUCGAGGAAUAAAUUAAAAAAGCGUAUUUUUUACUGCUACGUUUCGGUUUGGUCGUUGAUCGAUAUUUUCAAUUAAAAAAAAUCAAAUGAUCCGCGUGAUCUAUUGUAUAGAUCGACAGGACAUCGAUAACUUAAAAAUAUUCGGAAAUUUUAUAAAAGGGCAAAAAACCGGUCGCUGAGCGUUUUCGUAAUUGAAAUCGGAGUAUUUUUAGUUACCAAGUGAAAAAUGUAAAUUUUGAUAUUUUUCACGUUGCUGUAUCUUAUUUAUACAUUAUAAAAUUAGAUAAUUUAGGACUAAAUAUUUACAUUCUGUAAUUAAAAAGUCUUGCCGUUAAGUUGAUUAUAAAAAUUUUCCGUUUUUAAGCGACCAAUACUAGUCUACUAUUUUUUUAUAAUUUUUUUUUCUUUUUUUUUUUACCAAAAAUUUCAAUCUGAAUUUGAAUUUUUUUAUUAGUGAAUUAUGUACCUAUUCUUUUUUUUUUCUAAUUAUUUGUACGGAUAAUUUCGCGUAUGCUCAACGAUAAGAUAAAUUUGUUCGUGUCGUUGAAAUUUUUGUUAUUAUUAUAAAUUUACGUUGCUUAUUUCUUCUUUCCUUAUAUUUUGAUUACGGUAUUUUACUAUAUACUUUUGUUAUUUUAGUAAUUUUUGGCUGUUAUAUUCGUGUUAAAUUUAAGUUUAUUACUUAAGCUUACGAUCGCUGUGACUUUAUCGUAUGAUAAGUUAUUGUUGACAUUCCAUUGAGAAACUUCACUCCUCUCAAAGUUUCUACCUAUUAGUUUCAUUGUUCGAUGUGUAUAGCCUUUUUAUUUUUAUUAUUUUUCUCCCCCUUUCCCCAAUUUUGUUAUAUAGAACAAAACAAAUGUGUAACGUGGUUGAAAGGUAUAAAAGCGAGUUUCUUGAACGUAUUUCUUCGUAAAAAAGCUAAAACACCAGUGCCAUAAUAUGAAGAAAUAUUACAGAAACUUUGCGUUUUUAUAGCUAUAAACCAUUAAUAAUAUUACAUUACUCGAAGCUCUCUGUGCGGAAAAUAUAGUACGAGAUUAAUAUUUUAAUUAAAAAUAAAUUACAUAUCAAUAUGUAAAACCCUUCGUAUGACGUCAUUGAGAGUAAUUAGUGAAUUUGAAGCCUAUGAGAAGGGAAGGCUUGCUCAAAGUUACUACUUUAGGAUUAUAUAUACCUACUUAUUGAGUUUUUUUUUCUCUCUCAUUUAAACAGAACACAGAUCUUCUAUUUAAAUGUGCUUGAUCAUAUUGUACCUAAAGAUUUUUACAAAAGUGUAAUUUUUUAUCGACUAUUUUAAUACAUACGUAUUCGUAAGAGUUUGUAAAUAAUUGUAUACAUAUUUUUACGUAUCUGCAGACUGGUAUUAGCGAACAAAUUGUUUCUUUUAAUAUGCAAUUUUUCGUUCAGAGUACGAAUAUGUUUCAUCUUCGAAUUAGCUAAUUGCACAUCCGUUCGAACAUUUAUAAAACAAUUUAUUUAUUUCGUUCUAUUUUUAAAAUACUUGAGAAAUAAAAUGAUCGAUUAAUCGUUA